AUGUCAAACAAUACAAGCAGCGGCCCUGGUGCCAUCCCGAGACAGAUCGCAAGACAAAUCAGGCAACAGAGCCAAACCCGAGGGCGUUCAGCAGGACGAUCUGGCCUAUCAACCUCUCAGAACAGUAGCUACCGAGCUGCUCCGUACCAUAGCCCUAUCCGACCUGGUAUGGGCAGCAGCCGCUAUGCCACUGUCCCAAAUAAUGUGGAAGAUCCAUUUGAGCCCGACCUCAUGGAACUUGAUCCAAUGGAAAUCGACACCCCCGCCCAAGAUCCUCCACCAGCCACCACUAUGACUCGCAUGACUGAGGAAUCUGGAGAGAAUGGCAUCCACCGCCACCUCUUCUACAUACCCAUUCGAUCUCGUCCUAUGCCAACUCUAGACCUUGACGUGUUAACUGCUGCUCGGGCCGAAUUGACUCGUCUUCAGAGAGCAGGAAUGCCAAUUAUGCAAGCACUACCUGAGCGACCUGCACCUCAUGUCUACAUCCGUAUUGAUACUGACCAAGCCAACCGUGAUCACGCCCUUACUGAUGUCAAUCUUCGGAUGGGUAUCAUGCAGGACAUGAUCCGAGAUGGCUUCGGCUGGUUUACGGGCCUGCCUUAUCGCCACCCACAUUUCGAAGUCAAGUUCCUUCGUGGUCGACGCCUCUAG